GAUUAAAUGAUACCGGUUCAUUCGUCUAAAGUCUUCUCGCGUGUAAUCUUUAUGGUCAUGUGAUUCAUGUAGACUGCUACUGAUCCGAUCAGUUCAGAAUUUUCAGGAGAGAUUAGCUGCACAACGGGAAAUUUAGUGAAAUCAUUUCAUCAUGCUAAAAGUGGCAGACAAUGAGAAAGAGAGCAAGUAUGGCUACGUCUUUGCUGUGUCAGGACCUGUUGUUACAGCAGAGCGUAUGUCCGGAGCAGCUAUGUACGAGCUGGUGCGUGUGGGUCACAGUGAGCUGGUAGGAGAGAUCAUCAGACUGGAAGGAGAUAUGGCCACCAUUCAGGUCUACGAAGAGACAUCUGGUGUGAGUGUUGGUGACCCUGUCCUGAGGACGGGCACUCCGCUGUCCGUUGAACUCGGACCGGGGAUCCUGGACAACAUCUUUGACGGGAUCCAACGUCCUCUCCAAGACAUCAACGACCUUACCCAGAGUAUCUACAUUCCACGUGGUGUCAACGUCAAAGCGCUCAGUCGCACCAAGAAGUGGGAUUUCAAACCUUAUCCAGGAAUCAGGGUUGGCAGUCACAUCACGGGUGGUGAUUACUACGGGACGUGUCCUGAGAAUACCCUGAUUGAGCAUCGCCUCAUGCUACCCCCAAAGGCCAGGGGUACAGUUACAUGGAUUGCAGAGCCAGGUUUAUAUACUAUCACGGACGUUGUCUUGGAAACAGAGUUUGACGGCCAAAAGACCAAACACACCAUGCUCCAGGUAUGGCCAGUACGUACCAUCAGACCGGUCUCAGAGAAGCUCCCAGCCAACUACCCCCUCCUCACUGGACAGAGGGUUCUGGAUGCUCUCUUCCCAUGUGUACAAGGGGGAACGACGGCUAUCCCUGGAGCCUUUGGGUGCGGCAAGACCGUCAUCUCUCAAUCGCUGUCCAAGUAUUCGAACAGUGACGUCAUCGUCUACGUAGGAUGUGGUGAACGUGGCAACGAGAUGUCUGAAGUGUUGAGAGAUUUCCCAGAGCUGACAGUAGAAAUCGGCGGGAAAACAGAGUCUAUUAUGAAGAGAACUACCUUGGUGGCUAACACAUCCAACAUGCCGGUAGCUGCUAGGGAAGCGUCCAUCUACACAGGUGUGACAUUGUCGGAGUAUUUCCGUGAUCAGGGCUACAACGUCUCCAUGAUGGCCGACUCAACAUCCAGGUGGGCCGAAGCUCUUCGUGAGAUCUCCGGUCGUCUGGCUGAAAUGCCUGCUGACAGCGGUUACCCAGCCUAUCUAGGAGCCCGUCUAGCUUCUUUCUAUGAGAGAGCCGGUCGAGUCAAAUGUCUAGGAAACCCAAGCAGAGAGGGCAGUGUCAGCAUCGUAGGGGCUGUGUCGCCCCCUGGUGGUGACUUCUCUGACCCGGUGACCUCCGCAACCCUUGGUAUCGUUCAGGUGUUCUGGGGAUUGGAUAAGAAGCUCGCUCAGCGCAAGCACUUCCCCUCCAUCAACUGGCUCAUCAGCUACUCCAAGUACAUGAGGGCGUUAGACGACUUCUAUGAUAAGAACUAUGCAGAGUUUGUGCCACUCAGGACCAAGGUAAGGGAGAUCUUGCAGGAAGAGGAAGAGUUGUCUGAAAUUGUGCAGCUGGUAGGAAAGGGCUCCCUCGCUGAGUCCGAUAAGAUCACCCUAGAGAUUGCUAAACUACUCAAGGAUGACUUCCUCCAGCAGAACGGAUACUCGUCGUAUGAUAGAUAUUGUCCAUUCUACAAGACGGUUGGCAUGUUGAGCAACAUUGUAUCGUUCUACGACAUGGCCAGACAUGCUGUAGAGAGCACCUCUCAGAGCGAGAACAAGAUCACAUAUGCUCUUAUCAGAGAGAGCAUGGGAGACAUCAUGUACAAACUAUCCUCUAUGAAAUUCAAGGAUCCUGUGAAAGACGGUGAAGCCAAAAUCAAGCAAGACUUUGCCGACUUAUUAGAUGAGAUGCAGCAAGGCUUCAGGAACCUAGAAGACUAGCCAACAUAGCAAAUAUAUAGUCAUAGAUAUAAACCAAUCAUAUAACAAUCAUUGUCUAGUCCCAUGCAUAGCAUUUGAUGUCGGUGGUGGAAUGUCUCUAGUACACACAUAACCAUGUCCUUUUGUCUUUUUAUCUGUCAUAUAUUUUUGAUGAACCUUUGUUUCAUAUUGUGCAAUUUCAGAGAAACAGAAACAGAAUGGAUUAUGAUUUAACAGUAUUUUGUAGCCACAUGUUGUGUUUAUUCUAGAGUUAAUAUCAUGCGAGGCAGCAUUGUGCCAUCUCUUUCAGAACAGCCAAAGAUAUGUCAAUUUAAAUUUCAUGUUUUAUAUCAUCUACAUUCUAAAUGACUGCUUAUCUCUGUUUCACAUGUUAACUACUGAUUGUGUAGUUCCGCAAUGCUUGAUGUAAUGGUCUAGCUCCUGCGUGCAAUUGCUCAAUUGAAAAUUAUAAUAUUUUGCAUGAAAAAAAAGUUAAAGGGAAUAUCAAUACAAAUAUUUCUGCUUCAGACUUAACCUUUUUGCUUGAUUUCUCUGUAAACAUACCAACACAUUUCUCUCUUUCUACUGAAAUUUAUCAUGCAAACAUAUUCUUUAAGACCCUGUAGUACAUAUUUCUAUAGUUAACAUCAUAUUAUGUGAUAGAUUAUUUCUGUACUUGUGUUUUUCAAUUUUAAGUUGUGUUCAGACAUUCCAUAAUAAUGUUGAAUAAUUGAAAUCAGUACUGUAUAUUGUGAACCACAUUAUUGGCAAAGUGUGACUAUUGGUCAGUAUAAUAUGAGCAUGCCCCAUGUACCUCUAGUAUGAGGUACAGUGUAUGUAGCAUAGAGGUUAAAUGAGAGGUCGUUAAAGGGAAACCCAAUUCGUGAUAGCAAACUAUUGUAGAGGGAAGGAGACAUUUCAGAGAAGAUUACUGGUGAAAGUUAACCGGACAAAAAUUAGAAAGUUAUACCUUUUUAAAAGUUGCAAUCGCUAUAGGUAGGGGCACUUCAAAUUGGCCGGAGCUGGUUUGUCACUGUGAUGUAGUCAUAUUGUAGUGGCGUCUAUGAAAACCAACUCAAUAUCAGGGUGGACUUCACCUUUAACGGUCUAUACAUAAUGUCCUUUUUCCUUUCCUGACAAUGCUCAUAAAAUGCUGUACCUAUGUCCUGCCAGUCAUUUCGAUUUCCCUUUUGAAUUUAAUGCCAUGUUCUGUUAUACCGGUAGGUGGUUGGUCAGAGAGUUAUAAAAACAAGAUAAAUGCUGUUAAUAUUUUCUAGAAUGUAUUUGAAUGAUGUUUGGACAUCCCUUCCGAUAGGCUUCUCCAUCUUUAAUUGUUUCAUUUUAUUCUGCCAGUUUUACAUCUAGUGUAUAAGUACGUAUGUUUAUAAAAUGAAUAUGCAAUUAUUGGACUAUGUCAAGUUUUAAGUUGAAAAUGUCGUCACUCUAAAAAUGUUAUUAGUUAAUACUAGACAUGACAAAAGAGUCAUAAUUGUCACCCUUGGAAGUAGUAAUUUGGUGCUCAAAUGUUGAACAAUGUAGUGAUUUUUGUAAUAGGAGUUUCAAAUUUAUUAUAUUAGAAACAAAGGGCGAGUUAUGUUUGUGAAAUGGUAAGGGCGGAAAAUAUUUAGCAAUACUCAAUGUUAAUGGUUUUGUGCUGUAUAUUAGGUUAAGUGGAUAAUGUGUAUCCUCCUUUUUUUCUUCUUUUUUUCUAUAAUUUUCUUUGAUUUUUUAACUCUUUAACCCUCUCUGUGCCAUCAGAGAAAAUGCUGCCCAAUACUUGAAACGCUUCACUCGCAUUUGGACAACGUUACCUUUGAUUCUAUAUGAAUUCUUUCGUUUUAAGAAGAUAUUGUAUUUCCAAUUUAACCUUGAAACGUAGGAAUACAUGAAAUACAUUGGACUCAUGGAAGUUCAUUUGUAAUAUUUUUUUAAAGCUAAAAGUUACUCCCAAUGGUUUCGAUCCUACCUAAUUUAAUUAGUUAGUAUCUUUCUAUAGCAGGCCAUAACAUGCUAGUACAGUGUAUAAUAAAGUGAAUGCGGGAUGGUGAUAAACAUGUGUAGUAAAUACAUGGUAUCCUGUGUAACGUGUGCAGGGUAUAUCCAUACUGUGGUGACACUAUAUACUUCUACUGGCUAAUAUAUGCACACUGACUGCACACGUAACGUUAACCUAUUGUUCAGGCUUUGUUAUGUAAUAACACAGUGUGUCUUCAUUACACAGCACUUGAGUGAGGGCGGCAAUUAAACUGAAUUUUAAUCACGUACCAAAAUACUGUAAUUGAGAGAUUAAACCAAGUGAAAGCUACUAAGACUCAGGGCGAAUAAUCUUUGAGAAUUGGCUAUGUGAAGACAGCAUAACCACAUGCAAGUUGUGAGGAGUCUUUGAAAUCAAUUGAUCUGGGUAAAUUGAAUCACGUCUUGCUGCCCUCGUUGCGUUGGCUCUUGCACCUUGUAUCGUAGCUUGUGAUCAAAUUGUACAGCAAAAUAUCAUCUCAAUUUCCUUAUUUGCAAUAUUUUUACAAUACUACAUUCAAGUAAUAUGCCAAACUGCACCCUGCAUAACGACUUCGAGGGCCAAUCUGAACUAGUUUUGAUACAAGAAGCAUUUUGUCAUUUAUAGCAUUGUUUACCUGAUGAAGAAUGGUGUUUAUCACCUGGAAUCCUUAAUAGGAGACUAAUCUGCAAUAGGACUUGUGGUUUAUCAUCUGUUUUUAAUAGAGAUACGUUUGUGCUAUCAGGCAAAAAUAAUUGGGGUGGAAAGUCCUGAAUUAUAAAAAAACAAAAGGAUGAAAUUUUGUUUAUCUGUAGGGCCUAUACGUGAAUACGUCAAUGGGCUUAACCAUAUUAUCAUCUCCCCUGGUCACUGGAUUUCAAGCCCCAGACAAAUGUGCACCAUCUCCACUAUUUUAGGGAGUAUUCAUACCAUUUUACGGAAAGAGAUAUACGAGAUUUAUUCUGUAGCAAGAUUCCCAGCUGCGUUGAAAAUCAUUCUUGUUUUGUAUGAAGCGCUUACUUUAUGAAUGCAAAAUCCUCAGAGGACAUUUCUUUUUUUAUUCUUUCUCUUUGUUUUUCAUUUAUAAAUGUCGCUUAUGUCUGUUAUGUUGAAGCUUUAUUAUCAUUCUAGUGAUGUACUCUCUGUAUUUCGUGGAUGAACUUGCAACUCUCGUGAUUCUAGGCUCUAUGUCGUAUCUUUUCAAUGAAACAUCUUCCUUUCUAUAUAUUAUAUUCAAUGUUCUAUUGUAUCCUUUAAUAACCCUAGGGUAUCAAACAUUUGUCAGCAUUUGGGAUGGAAAAAUUGUAGAGAAAUGGAAUAUAUAUUAGAAGAUGUAUAUAAAUAAAUGGUCAUACAUGUAUUAACAAAUGUAAA